AUGUGGUUGCCUCUUCGGGCUGCUGGUCUCCAGGGAUCUCGUGUUUUACACUACCUUGCAAGUUUUCUCUCGGAUGUUGCGUUGGCUAGUAGAGCACCCCGAAUACUUCAUCCAAGUAUUUCUCUUCUUACUGAGAUGGAAGUCUUGGGCCUGAGAACAUGGCUUGACAGUUUUUCCUGCAUCUCCGUUUCACUUUGCUAUUUAUUUGCGUCAUUUAAUGAAUGAGGCAAGACAGCAUCUCCCUUAGAGUCAGCAGGUCAUAACAUUGCCUGGUUAGACCAGUUAGGUGGCGAGUAUUCUUGCUGGUGCGCAGCGUUUGCUGGUCCAUCACACAUUAAAGAAAGAGCCCAUCACAGCCUUUCAGUUAAAAACAGUUAGUUGCCUGCAAGGCGCACUCGAUGGCCUCUUUGUAUAAUAUUAGUUUGGUUGUUAUUUGCUUGCUGGCUUUUGCCACCUUUUUCAGAUUUGAUGAGCUUGCUAAGCUUGUUCGAUCCGAUGUUAAAUAUCGAAAAUGACAUGGUAAAGUUAUUUAUUCAAUCAAAGUAAAACUGAUCAGUAUAGGGAUGGAGCUUUGAUUGUAGUUAGUAGCUUCCUCUGGGAAAGCAACUUGUCCGGUUGCUAUAAUGAAUCGUUAUUCAGAAAGAGCUGGGCUUUCCUGCGAUAGUCUUUUGUUUUGCCACCUUGCUAAAUAAAACUAAAUAAAGGUUUAAGCUAUUUGUAAAGAUAAUUGGUAUUUUAAAGAUAUUGCCUAAUUGGUACUAAAGGCGGGGCUACUGCUGCUGCAAAUGUUGACGUGCCAGACCGUUUUUUCAAGCGUCAUGGCCGCUGGGCUAGUAAAUCGGCUGAGGACGGGUAUGUUCAAGAUUCUUUAUCUUCACGUUUGUCGGUUUCUAAGUUUUCUCGUGCGUACUGCUUUUUAAUUUAAUCUAUCUCUUUAGUUGGUCUUGCCCAGGGAACUGUUGUAUAUGGGGUAAAGCUGGCCUGGGGUUUUCCUCCUAGGUGCAAGUAGACGUACGGGGAGGUUUUUCACCCAGCUGUUGUUCCACGACCUCAUGUCAGUUAGCUUGUGGUUCAGAUCUUUGGAGCUGA